AUGGCCAGACAGUAUUCAAAGACAUCUCCCCUCUUAGAAAUUAUUUCAUUUCUCAUUAUUACCAAGAUUGAGGUAGAACUUCUUAAUAGUUGUAUACCUAUUUUUAACUGUUGUGGAAGCUCAGAAGGAAAAGUGAGAAAUGAGCCUCCAGCACAAAGCUCUUCAUUUAAUCUUACCAUAAUAAUCGCACUUGGUGUUCCACAGAUAGCCAGUUUUGGUCUAGAGAUACAAGAAGCAGUUAAGAGCAUCAUUUGCUCCUUCAGUGGACACCACAUCAAUUCCCAUCAUUCACAGGGCAAUCUACAGCUCGCUCCAACUCCAGUUCCAGAUUUCUCUGACAGUGUAAUUCUUGAAAUUAGAACUAAUAGGCCGCUUUACAGACGCCGCUGUCCCCUCUCGCCGCUUGCUGCAGCCACGGUCAACCCCACCGUGUUCUUCGACAUCUCAGCCGAUGGCGAGCCCUUGGGCCGCGUCUCCUUCGAGCUGUUUGCAGACAAAGUUCCAAAGACAGCAGAAAAUUUUCGUGCUCUGAGCACUGGAGAGAAAGGAUUUGGAUAUAAGGGUUCUUUCUUUCACAGGAUUAUUCCAGGAUUCAUGUGCCAGGGUGGUGACUUCACACGCCAUAAUGGCACUGGCGGCAGAUCCAUCUACGGAGAAAAAUUUGAGGAUGAGAACUUCAUCCUGAAGAAUACAGGUCCUGGCAUCUUGUCCAUGGCAAAUGCUGGACCAAACACAAACGGUUCCCAGUUUUUUAUCUACACCACCAAGACUGAGUGGCUGGAUGGCAAACAUGUGGUCUUUGGGAAGGUGAAAGAAGGCAGGAACAUUGUGGAAGCCAUGGAGCGUUUUGGGUCCAGGAAUGGCAAGACAGGCAAGAAGAUCACCAUUUCCGACUGUGGACAACUCUAA